AUGACCUUCGAUCAAGUUGGAGGUUUGGAUGUCCAGCUCGAAGCGAUUGCUAGGCGCGUGUUGGCAUCUCGAGCCAAUCCAGCAGCUGCCCGUCGCUUGGGUGUAAGUCACGUGCGAGGAAUAUUGUUGUCAGGACCACCAGGUUGCGGCAAAACAUUGCUGGCCCGCGAACUCGCUCGCAUUUUGGGUGCUCGGGAACCACAGAUUGUCAACGGACCUGAGAUUCUCGACAAGUACAUCGGUGAAGCAGAGCGCCGAGUAAGAGAUUUGUUUGCCCCGGCAGAGCAAGAGUACAAGGUGGCCGGGGACGACUCAGCUUUGCACAUAAUUAUAUUGGACGAAAUGGACGCCAUUGCCCGCAAACGUGGGACCAUGACUUCCGACACCACGGGUGUACGCGACUCCGUGGUGAAUCAGCUACUGGCCAAAAUGGAUGGAGUCCGUGAAGCAAGCAACGUUCUUGUAGUUGGUCUGACGAAUCGACCCGAAUUACUGGACCCAGCUUUGCUUCGGCCGGGACGUCUCGAGGUUCAGCUGCGUAUUGAGCUUCCCGACAAGACCGGAAGACGAGAUAUCUUGCGAAUCCACACUAGCCAAAUGCGGAAAGCGGGUGGCCUAAGCGAAAAGGCAGUGUAUCUAAUGGAAGAUUUGGGUGAAAAUGGUCUUCCAGCAAGA